UUUUAUUGUGAAUUGUAGUAAUAUUUUGUGUCCUUGCCAUAUAUUGUGCCACAUUUAAACAAUGUGUUGAUUCGAUCAAGAUUAAGAUACUAGUAUAAUAAUUAGAGCACCAAUGCCACAAUGUCAUUAAUUAGUCCACCUUUAACAGCGGCAUAUAACAUAAUUUAAGAGAAAGAAAACGCAAGUUAAUCGUGUCUUUUAAAUAAUUAAUUGAUCUUCACCUUUUCCAGUUAUACAUAGUGGGUUGUGAAUUAUGACAAACACAUGAUUAAGCUGGUUAAUUAACCUGUGACCAAUUUCAGAAUUAUUUUGCUCAGUCCAAAAAAUUAAGAUUAUGGAGUUCCUAAUUACACUAAUCACCACUGUUCUACUCUUGUUAAUGCCUGCAAUCACUUCCUCACAAUAUUUAGGAAACAACCUACUCACUAAUCGAAAGAUUUUCCAAAAACAAGAAACAAUUUCCUCUUAUGCUGUCGUGUUUGAUGCUGGUAGCACUGGUAGCCGUAUUCAUGUUUACCAUUUUGAUCAGAACUUAGAUCUUCUUCAUAUUGGCAAAGAUGUUGAGUUUUUUAAUAAGAUAACACCUGGUUUGAGUUCAUAUGCAAAUGAUCCGGAACAAGCUGCAAAAUCUUUGAUUCCACUUCUACAACAAGCAGAAAAUGUGGUCCCUAUUGAUCUACAUCACAAGACACCGAUCAGACUUGGGGCAACCGCAGGUUUAAGGCUUUUGAAUGGGGAUGCUUCUGAAAAGAUAUUGCAAGCGGUAAGGGAUAUGUUCAGCAAUAGAAGUACCUUCAAUGUUCAACCUGAUGCAGUUUCUAUUAUUGAUGGAACCCAAGAAGGUUCUUAUCUCUGGGUGACAGUUAACUAUGCAUUGGGGAAUUUAGGGAAAAAGUACACAAAAACAGUGGGAGUAAUGGAUCUUGGAGGUGGAUCAGUUCAAAUGGCAUAUGCAGUGUCAAAGAAAACAGCUAAAAAUGCUCCAAAAGUUGCUGAUGGAGUUGAUCCAUACAUUAAGAAGCUUGUACUCAAGGGAAAACCAUAUGAUCUCUAUGUUCACAGUUACUUACACUUUGGUAGAGAAGCAUCUCGAGCUGAGAUUAUGAAGGUCACUCGUAGUUCUCCUAACCCUUGCCUUUUAGCUGGAUUUGAUGGGACCUACACAUAUGCUGGAGAGGAGUUUAAGGCCAAAGCCCCUGCUUCUGGGGCUAAUUUUAAUGGAUGCAAAAAGAUAAUUCGUAAGGCACUUAAAUUGAACUAUCCAUGUCCCUAUCAAAAUUGCACUUUUGGUGGAAUUUGGAAUGGCGGAGGGGGAAAUGGACAGAAACACCUUUUUGCUUCUUCAUCUUUCUUUUACCUACCUGAAGAUGUUGGUAUGGUUGAUCCAAAGACACCUAAUUUCAAAAUUCGUCCUGUGGAUCUCGUGAGUGAAGCUAAGAAAGCUUGUGCAUUAAACUUUGAGGAUGCCAAAUCCACUUAUCCAUUUCUUGCUAAGAAAAAUAUAGCUUCAUAUGUAUGCAUGGAUCUUAUAUAUCAGUAUGUGUUGCUCGUUGAUGGAUUUGGCUUAGAUCCAUUGCAAGAAAUUACAUCGGGGAAGGAAAUUGAAUAUCAAGAUGCUGUUUUGGAAGCUGCAUGGCCUCUAGGCAAUGCUGUAGAAGCCAUAUCAUCGUUACCUAAAUUUGAACGAAUGAUGUAUUUUGUUUAAACUUUUGGAUGUUACUACAAGAUGUUCCAGCACUAGAAGGCAAUUCUGCGUAAAAUGAAAUAAAUUAAGUCCGACAUGUUUUUUCUAUUGAGAAA